AAGAAAAACCGCGACAUUGAAUUCGACUGAAAUUAAGGAAAGACCAGCAAUGAUUAAAAACCAACCACUUAGUUUUCAACUAACUCCAACCGACGAAGUAGUGAAGCAAGCCGAUGGGCGUCAAUUAGCAGCAGCAUUAGCCACUCACAACUUUGUAGCGCAGUCUGAACACCAAGCUAAUUUACUAAAUUGA